AUGCUUGUUCUCAUAAACUAUGCAAUUUUCGAUGUUAAAGUUUCUCCAUUUAUAAAAGGAAGAAGCCCCAUUUCAAAACUCCCGCUUAUUGACGAAACUAUAACAGAAUUAAUCGUUCAAUUAUCACCAUCAUCAGAUGUAUCGAAAGCUAAUCAAACUCUUUCGGCGAAUUCUUUGAAAAAAGCUAUAGAAUGCAGAGACAUGAUGUGUGCAUUUAAGGAUUUUG